AUGGCAAAGUUCAUGCGGGAAAACAGCAUACGCCAUGUUCGGACGGCGCCGUAUCACCCUCAAUCAAAUGGACUAGCGGAGCGAGCGGUGCGAACAAUAAAAGAGGGCCUCAAGAAAAACAAGCACGGCACAUUGCAAGAAAAGUCUCGUCUUCGUUUCCGUUACAGAUCUACGCCUCUCGAGAGUGGAAAAUCACCAGCUCAACUGCUGUUGGGAUUCGAGCCCCGGACAAGGUUGUCCACCCACUUUUCAGCAGGGGCAAUGCCUGAAGAGGCCGAGGCUACCCGAGAACGACCUUUGUCGGUCAUAACGCUACCCCUUUUCUCACCAGGAAAGCCCAUCUGGUCCCGCCAAUUUCAACAAGGGCAGAAAUGGCUUCCAGGGACAGUAAUAGCAACGGACGGCAAACGGAUAGUGAAAGUGGAGACCCCCCUGGGGACCCAGCACCGGCAUGUCGACCAGCUGAGGGCACGGCUGACGUCAAUCACGCCGGAAAAGAACCCAUCGGCAACUGGCACAAGUCCAGCGGAAACUCAGCCGGCCCCAGACGCUCGAGAAGCCAGUCCAGUGACCAUUGACUCCAGUCCGGCGACCCCUCAGUCGCCCGUCUCGACGCGGCAACCAGGGCGCCGGAAGCAGUCCCAAAUCUACUCCAUCGUUCAACGUGAACACGACACCCUGCGGAACGACUGCCCUUUAAAGUGA